AUGAGACCGGACCCAUCGCGGACCAAACGAACCGGCGCCCCCGACUAUGACGACCCGUCCUUCUGGGACACGAAGUUCGCGACCGGCCAGGACAUCGGGGAAUGGCUGAACCCAGGCGAAGUCCUGCUUGAUGCACUCCUGUCGUUCCUGGAGAACCGACCCACACCCAACCCAGAAGCCAAACCAGAAGAGCACGCGACACCACGAGUACUCCAUCUGGGCCCUGGUGUAUCGAAAUUGGGAACGAGACUCCGCGACGCAUUCGUGACGAGAGGCUGGACGGGCAAUGGCAUCGUUAAUGUCGACUUCUCCUCCGAAGCUGUUCGUUUAGGUCAAGACGUUGAGAAUAGGCAGGAUCCAUUGCAAGCGAUGCACUGGAUGCAGACUGAUCUCCGAUCGUGGACCGAUGUCUCCCGGCUCCUCCCCUUUGCUCCGUUUGACGCGAUCCUUGAUAAGAGUACUAGCGACGCUAUAGCGACGUCGAGCCCAGUUACCUUGUCCCCGACAGCCGAUAAGUCAACCAUUUGCCCUGAUGUACAAAGUAUUCUUUCGAGUCACGGAGAGACGACAUUGUCCCCGACGGAACUUCUUGCGCUGCACCUGGUGCCAUUGACAAAAAGGGGAUGCAAAUGGUUUGUGCUCUCGUAUUCGACAAUGAGGUUUGACAAUGUGCCUCACCUAUUUGCGCACUGGGAGGUUGUCGCCCGCACUCCCUUCGAGGCGCCGAGCGGCUCGACAGUGACGAAGGCUUACACGCCACCGGUUUAUCAUUGGCUCUAUGUUUUGCGGCGCAAAUAA